GCCGUAGAUUCUGUGAGCCGCUUGGAAGACAGACAUGGCAGCCGUGAGGACCACCUUUGCUCUGCUGUUGCUCCAGGUGUUAGUGUUUCCGCACAUCGCUUCUGCAGCUGUCCUGGUGCCCCAAACAGGAAAAGCACAAGACAGCUCCACUCUGCUGGAUAGGGUAGUGGACAGCAUACUUACAGACAACGACGCCGAGCUCGAUAACGCACUCAACGAUGUUAGAGGGGAACAAGAAAACUCCGUCGCCCACGAGCCGACACCCGAUGACGUCACAGAAGGAAAGGAGAAGAACAUUUUCUCGUCGCAGCUGAAGAAGAUUUUGGAAAGCGUCGACGCCUUGACCCGCAAUGUUCACAGUCACCAGUCAAAAGGUUCGAGUUUUUAUUUGGAACAGCUCAUUCACGUCUUUGUUGUUAGGCUCUAA